GGAGCAGUGCCGUCCGGGCGCGCGGCUAGACUGGUCGAGUGCUUGCCUGUCACAUUACGUGCUGGAGCGUAACGUAAACAGUAAACGUGUCUCCAUCGACAUGUAGCCUCCAUACAUGAAAUAAUGUCAUGCGUUCACUACUGCGAGCUGGCAUGCGAUUUACACAUUCGCAUACGCUCCGCAUAUGAAACUGUUGUAACAUGGCCUAAAGUUGGAAUAAGUUUUGCACGUGUGUGAUAGUUAAAACCAAAAAUGGCACAGCUGUAUGAAAAUGACGAGCCAUUUGUGUACCGGUUGAACGACAAUGGUUCAGGCCCGAGUCUUCUGAUUAGGGUUUGUAUGGAUCGCGGUUGGCGUAUGUACCAAGGCUACAGCGGCGGCGAGGAGAAAUGGAAUCUUUGGUGGAGGACGAGUGCCUUUCCCGCCACGUCUUACAAGGCUCUGGGAGACUGGCAGUUCAUGAAUCAUAUACCAAAAGGAGGCUCAAUUUGUCGUAAAGACAGCCUGUCUCGCUUGCUCCGGUGUAUGAGAAGAAUUUAUGGAUCAAUUUACGACUUCAGCCCACCCUGCUUCCACUUACCACUGGAGUAUGCGAAGUUGGUGUCUGAGUGCUCGCGUUUGCGGCGAGACGAUGACAGGGGCUCCAACGUGGUGUGGAUACACAAACCUGUAGCUCAAAGCCAAGGCAGAGGGAUAUUUCUCUUCAGGGUAAAGAGUGUAUGUGACAUGCGAUGCGGGAGUCCGGCUGUGGUUCAGAGAUACAUCGAGCGCCCACUACUGAUUGCUGGAUACAAGUUCGAUCUACGCUUGUAUGUUUGCGUACCCGGCUACCGUCCGCUCACCGCCUAUAUGUACGCUGAAGGAUUGGCACGAUUUGGGACAGAUAAAUACACUUUAUCUGAUAUCCAUAACCCAUACCGACAUUUGACGAAUUCCUCUUUAAAUAAGACCGGGCCGAGGUAUGCUGAGUGUAAGGACAGGAUAGGCAGUGGUUGCAAGUGGACUCUGAAGCAAGUGAGGCGCGCGCUCGUCGGUAGAUGGGGCGCGGUCGAGUGGUUAGUUUGGCAGCGGGUCCGGGCGCUGGUGACGCUCACUCUGCUGGCGCAGGCUGCGGGGACUCCGCCAGCGAGGAACUGCUUCGAGUUCUACGGGUUCGAUGUACUGCUGGAUGAUACUUUGAAGCCGUGGCUGAUUGAGGUAAACUUGUCCCCUGCCUUGGCAGCGGAUUGUGAGGCCGAUGUGAUUGUGAAACAACCCAUGCUCCAUGAGCUAUUUGAUCUGUUGGGUUUGCCGAUGAAGCAUACCGGUUUGUCGUUGUUACAAGGCCCACCUACACCACAUAUUACCAGUUGCAGUUCAGAGGACGAGAGCGGUGCUACGAAGUCGGCCCGAGCUACGACGGCGCACCGUAGAGGCGCCCGCCGUGUGCGCAGACGGCGGGCCAUGCCAAUCCAUUGCGUCACUCUACCAGCUCCCAUGCCCGACAAAUGUUCAGUGCCAGACUUGUCAGAAAAACCGAAGGUUGUUCAAACGGGAAAAAUGUACAAAACUUCGUCGGAAAUAAGUUGUGAAGGCCUAGAAUCUCAGUCCACGACAAGUGUGGCUUUGUCAUCCAGCCAUCCAUCAAGCCAUCCAUCCAUCCAGUCGUCGGAGCAGUGUUCUCACAUGGAUGAGACGUGGCGCGGCGGCUACGCGACGGCGGCGUCCCGGAGACGUAUGCUGACUGCGUGCUCGUGGGGCAACGGGGUGCGCUGGGACCGCGGCGCGGGGCGGGUGGGCCGCUGGGUGAGGAUAUACCCACACGCUACGUCGACUGAUGAUCAGUUAUCAGUGGAGGAUGCUCGUGAAAGUGUUGCUCAUGUGUCAAAGUUGCUCCGCGCAACGCGCGAGGUGGCGCGCGAGAGCGGUCGGGACAAAAGCGCGCCGCGGGACGGAAAUCGGGACGCGUUCUUGGAGGCCGCGCUACGGAAGAAACUCGACUACGGCUCGAGCUUUGAAGUGUGGCUGCCACCUUUCUAAUGUGUUCAAUUAAUUCUAUUUUAGUUAGGCUUAAUAAAUGCUUGCUCAAUUUA